UUAGUCAUCAGUGGGGAAUCCCGAGCCUGGAGCGGCUGAGCCUGGGCUCGAACCCCCCCCAACCCCCGGGGUGGCAUUGGCUGGACCCCCGCUUCACUCACUGGGGGGGGGGGGGAGGGGGGGACCGUCUUGGAUCGGAAUGAAGCGCUUCAGGUUGAAAGACCUGGAGGGUUCCCUGCAGCAGGUGGACGUGUUCGAGAAGCCCAAACUGCUUUUGGAACAGUACCCCACGAGGCCCCACAUCGCGGCACAUAUGCUGUACACAAUCCACACGACAUUCGAUGACAUCGAGAGGAAGCUGGUUGCAGAUCUUGGGUGCGGAUGUGGAGUUCUAAGCAUUGGCGCAGCACUGCUCAAUGCAGGGUUAUGUGUAGGGUUUGAUAUUGAUGAAGAUGCUCUUGAAAUAUUUAACAAAAAUGCUGAAGAAUUUGAACUGGCCAAUGUUGAUAUGAUUCAGUGCGAUGUCUGUUCUUCGACGGAUGGUAAAUUAACAAAAGCAUUUGACACAGUCAUAAUGAAUCCACCAUUUGGAACAAAGCACAACAAAGGUAUGGAUAUGAUAUUCCUGAAAACGGCAUUGGACAUGGCCACAACAGCAGUGUAUUCUCUCCACAAAACGACAACACGAGAACAUAUUCAAAAGAAGGCUAAUGAAUUUAAGGUGAAGAUGGAAGUAAUCGCUGAGCUGAGAUAUGAUUUACCAGCAUCAUACAAGUUUCACAAGAGGGAAUCGGUUGACAUUAAAGUGGACUUCAUACGGUUCUCUUUUAAAUAGUUCCAUACAUUUGAGAGACAUC